AUGCCUAGCAUGAAAGCCGCAGCAGCCAAGGUAGCUGCGAAGCACCCGGGUUUGUGUGGCGUGUACCACGCCCACAUCAUAGCGGCCGUCAAGACCCAGGACGUGCUAGCACGAUCGGGCUCGACGGCGGCAAACAAAUACCGCAAUCAAGUGAGUUUGCCACUUGAACUUCUCGUACAAGGGGCGGGUGUGGUGUAGCUGUGGGUUGUUGUACAUCGAUGCUGUUGUCUAAGGAGCACGAAUCGAAGGUACUGAAGGUACGUUGCAGCAGUCCUUGCCCCUGUGCUGCAGUGAUACACUGACUUGUACUUGAGGGUAAUAAUAGCUGCCACCUAUCUGUUCAGACUGCUCGAAUUCAAGCACACACCGCAGGCUACUCCUGAUUUUUUUUUUUUUCCUGUUGUCUGUAUCCUUAGGUAUGCAUUGUAAUAUCAUAGUCCGUCCGUCCGUCCUGCUGCCUGUCGACCCGCUGUUUAGAGUACGCGCCUGCUGCGUACGCGCCUGCUGUGUAACACGCGUCGUAGACGAUGUUAUGUAUACUGCUGUACGAUGUUCUGUGUUAUUGGUGUUGUUGGCCCACCUUUUGUCUGUUGUCCUAAACUCCGAAAAUGGUGAAACGGUAGAGCUGUGCGCGUGCGGUGAACAUCGUGAAAAUGCACCCGUCACCACCCUAUCGUAGGAAGCCGAGUUGCAAGACGCGUGUCGCCUUGCAACGCCGAUCAAUAGGCUCACAGCAGUGAAGGCUGAUGGACACGCUCCUCGCUUUAUCGGUCCAUUUGAAUGUGUAGACUACAUGUACAGAGUUCUAAUUCUAUAGCUCCUACGUAUGACGUGUGUACUCCGGUCAUUGCAUGUAAUGCCACAGGCUUGCUAUGGCGUGGCGAUGGCCAUGAAUGCCCGUGGCCAAGGAGUGCAGCUGAAGAGAGCGGAGUGUUUCACGCACGCUUGCCGUGCGUUAUGGCCUGGAAGCGAGGAAUUGGACACCUCUGUGGUUGAGGGGUUCUCGAGUUAGUGGUGGCAGCCGUCCCUCGCAAGACCUAGACUACAUACUCUAAUUUGACAUGUUGGCGUGUGGCUAAAGUACUGUAGUUGGUGUGUUCAACGAAGCGUCUACGGAAUCAAGUGAGUCGCGAAAGUACCACCCACGUUAACCCUUUGGAGUCUACAGGCCUUCUGACAGAUCAUUGAUUGAUCAUUUUUUCCAUAUAUAUUUUUUUGAUAGCGCUGAACAGACGGUCUAGUCGUAUAGGGGAGGAUAGGACAGAAACCCCGAACCACAAGCAAUGGAGUUGUAGAGCACACCAGGGUAGAGCGCGCUCGCCCCACCAACGUACAGAUGCAAUCACAGGGAGCAUCCACCAGGGGUGCGCCGAGAGGUCAUGAGGAGGCCUCCACGCCCCGCGUGGUCUGCCCUGUCUAUCUGGGCGGCGUUGUUGGUAGCGCUUGCGGUAGCGCUGCCGGCAGCGCCAGUUGCCAUUCCUGCUCGUACAUCGGCGUUGGCCGUCUCUCUCCGGCAGCCAUCCACACUUGCUGUGAACGCGGCCACUGAGGACAGCGAGCUUGGCAUGGAGGACAGCGGAUCUGCAAUCGACCCAAGCGUGCCGAGUGAUGAUGAGGAUCUGUGAGUUGGAUAUGGGCGCAUCGCACAAACCGAUAUAUGCUGCGAACUCGCAAUACGCUUUAAGUUAUUGCGAGUUCGCAGCAUAUAUCGGUUUGUGCGAUGCGCCCAUAUCCAACUCACAGAUCCUCAUCAUCACUCGGCACGCUUGGGUCGAUUGCAGAUCCGCUGUCCUCCAUGCCAAGCUCGCUGUCCUCAGUGGCCGCGUUCACAGCAAGUGUGGAUGGCUGCCGGAGAGAGACGGCCAACGCCGAUGUACGAGCAGGAAUGGCAACUGGCGCUGCCGGCAGCGCUACCGCAAGCGCUACCAACAACGCCGCCCAGAUAGACAGGGCAGACCACGCGGGGCGUGGAGGCCUCCUCAUGACCUCUCGGCGCACCCCUGGUGGAUGCUCCCUGUGAUUGCAUCUGUACGUUGGUGGGGCGAGCGCGCUCUACCCUGGUGUGCUCUACAACUCCAUUGCUUGUGGUUCGGGGUUUCUGUCCUAUCCUCCCCUAUACGACUAGACCGUCUGUUCAGCGCUAUCAAAAAAAUAUAUAUGGAAAAAAUGAUCAAUCAAUGAUCUGUCAGAAGGCCUGUAGACUCCAAAGGGUUAACGUGGGUGGUACUUUCGCGACUCACUUGAUUCCGUAGACGCUUCGUUGAACACACCAACUACAGUACUUUAGCCACACGCCAACAUGUCAAAUUAGAGUAUGUAGUCUAGGUCUUGCGAGGGACGGCUGCCACCACUAACUCGAGAACCCCUCAACCACAGAGGUGUCCAAUUCCUCGCUUCCAGGCCAUAACGCACGGCAAGCGUGCGUGAAACACUCCGCUCUCUUCAGCUGCACUCCUUGGCCACGGGCAUUCAUGGCCAUCGCCACGCCAUAGCAAGCCUGUGGCAUUACAUGCAAUGACCGGAGUACACACGUCAUACGUAGGAGCUAUAGAAUUAGAACUCUGUACAUGUAGUCUACACAUUCAAAUGGACCGAUAAAGCGAGGAGCGUGUCCAUCAGCCUUCACUGCUGUGAGCCUAUUGAUCGGCGUUGCAAGGCGACACGCGUCUUGCAACUCGGCUUCCUACGAUAGGGUGGUGACGGGUGCAUUUUCACGAUGUUCACCGCACGCGCACAGCUCUACCGUUUCACCAUUUUCGGAGUUUAGGACAACAGACAAAAGGUGGGCCAACAACACCAAUAACACAGAACAUCGUACAGCAGUAUACAUAACAUCGUCUACGACGCGUGUUACACAGCAGGCGCGUACGCAGCAGGCGCGUACUCUAAACAGCGGGUCGACAGGCAGCAGGACGGACGGACGGACUAUGAUAUUACAAUGCAUACCUAAGGAUACAGACAACAGGAAAAAAAAAAAAAUCAGGAGUAGCCUGCGGUGUGUGCUUGAAUUCGAGCAGUCUGAACAGAUAGGUGGCAGCUAUUAUUACCCUCAAGUACAAGUCAGUGUAUCACUGCAGCACAGGGGCAAGGACUGCUGCAACGUACCUUCAGUACCUUCGAUUCGUGCUCCUUAGACAACAGCAUCGAUGUACAACAACCCACAGCUACACCACACCCGCCCCUUGUACGAGAAGUUCAAGUGGCAAACUCACUUGAUUGCGGUAUUUGUUUGCCGCCGUCGAGCCCGAUCGUGCUAGCACGUCCUGGGUCUUGACGGCCGCUAUGAUGUGGGCGUGGUACACGCCACACAAACCCGGGUGCUUCGCAGCUACCUUGGCUGCUGCGGCUUUCAUGCUAGGCAUGGGCUCGGGAGCAGUGGAAUGAUCGCAUUACUCUGCUCCGACUCCAGCGGCCGCUUCAAAGGCGAACGCACGCGGCACAUGUUGCUGGGCCAUCUUCCUGUGGUGGAUUCGCCGCGAUCAAGGACACCAACUGCUCGUGGCAGGCCUUUGGGUCACCCGCCUUGUUCCCCUCGAUGUCGGGUGUAUGCAAGUCCAUAGCUAGGGGAUGUGCAGGUUAUGUGCUUGUGUUCGUGGGAAAACAGGAGCUGUAGUGAGCCGGCAGGGCUCACAUUUGGAAGGGGACAGAGAAGUUGUUGUUGUUGUUGUUGUUUGUCUUAACAUUAAGCAACGUAAGGUAUCUCAACUGGUAGUGAUUGGUUUUACUAGUAGUUCUGUUGCAGACUCCUUGGGGCUCCGUGGGAUGUUCAUGCGGGCAAAUUUCUAGCGUACAUUCCCCCCCAACAUCGUGCAUUCCGUGACGCUGUACAACAUAUUAUCCCUUGUUUUAGGUAUGGUGCUACCCUGGAUAGUAUGAUUUUCAACACCACCAACGUAGCGAGAGAUGUAAAUCAUGGUAAAUAUAGAUGCAUUUGCAAAGACCACCAAUGGAGUCAGUACACGGUUGUUGCCAAGGAUGGUUCCGAAUGUUUGAUUACCACAGAUAGAUGCCGGAUGUCUUCAGGAUGACAAUGCUGCAGCUGUGCUAAACUUACAAGCUGGUUUUAGAGCAGAAUAUAUGCUGAAGCCUUGAAUGACCUCUCUUUCUUUGAAUCGCUCAUAGACGCCAUAGAAUCUUACAUUGGCGAUUUAUGUCAUGAACUCAAAGUGCCACGCGAUGACAUUGCGGAAUGGGAGGAUAAUUUGUACGACGUGAUAGAACAAAAAGUGACUGACGCGGACAAGAGGGAGGUUGCUAAGCCUC